AUGGCAGACAUUUCAAAGGAAAAGUCUUUGGCAGUAACAUACUCCCAGCAAAGUGCCUCAGUUGAAGACAGAUGGAGCGCCCGGGAAUUGGCAAGAAGAUUACGCUUCAAGUUGUUUACCAAGGAUGGCUGGCUAGGCGAUUAUGAUUACGCUUAUAUGUUCACGCCAGAUGUGUGGCCGUUCAACAGAAAAUAUAAAGAGUAUCACCAACCGUUUUUCGCAGUCAAUGAGGAACUUCCCAUUGUGUUGAUGUUGAUGUUGGGAUUUCAGCACGCAUUCACGCUUAUCGGUAGUUUGAUAGCCGUUCCUCUCAUAUUUGGUAUCGAGAUGAACUUCACCACCGCCCAGACCCAGCAUUUAAUAACCUGUACUUUGAUUACUGGUGGUGUAACCACGUUUGCUCAGAUUACCAGGUUCCAUAUUUACAAGACACCAUACUAUGUUGGAACAGGCAUUUUAUCGGUGGUGGGUCCCACUUUUGACAUUUUGGGCAUUGCUGGCUCCUACGUUUCCUCGCGCUACUCCAAAGGCACCUGUCCAGUAGCUGAAGAUGGAACCUACUUACCUUGUCCCGAUGCCUUCGGGGCCAUUCUCGGAACUGUGCUCUGUACUGUUUGGAUCCAGGUAGCCAUGGCAUUUUGCCCACCCCGAGUCAUCAAAAGAGUGUUUCCCACCAUGGUUUCUGGAACCUUGCUUUUGCUCUUGACAGUGUACUUGGGUGGAGCAGGUAUGAAGAGUUGGGGUGGAGGAGCUGGUUGCUACGGAUCAGAAGAUGGGUGUACCGUUGGAAUCCACACUUUCAUGUGGGGAAACCGCCAUUUCAUCGGAUUAGGUUUCUCUGUUUUCAUAUCCAUUCUUAUCAUUGAAUAUUUUGGCUCUCCUCUCAUGAAAAGCUCUGCCAUUAUUCUCGGACUUGGUAUUGGCUGCACUAUUGCCGCCGCUACAGGCUACUGGGACGGAACAUCCAUCAUUUCGGCACCAGCAGGAGACUUCAUGUGGACAACGAAACUUCACUAUUCUGUGGACGGUGCUCUUGUAUUGCCUCUUCUCAUCAUGUUCUGUGUUGAAGGUGUCAGUUGCAUUCCAGACAUUGUUGCAACCGCAGAAGUCUCACGGUUGCCUAUUGACGACGAGUACCUUCAAUCCCGAAUCCAGGGUGGAAUCAUGUGCGAUGCGUUCGGAAGCUUGUUGGGAGCAGUGGGUGGGGGCCUUCCCAUGGUGUCACAGGCUGCUAAUAAUGGAGUAGUCGCCAUCACAGGUUGUGCGUCUCGUUCUGCUGGCUGGACGGCUGCGGUGAUUCUUAUACUUAUGGGAGUGUUCAGCAAGAUUGCGGCUACGUUUGCAACUAUGCCCAAGGCGGUGUUCGGAGGCAUGCAAACGUACUUAUAUGGCACUAUCGGUGUAGCCGGUUUGAAAGUGUUGUCGACAGUGCAUAUGACGCGAAGAAACAGGUUUAUUCUAGCCAGUGGCUUAGGGUUGGGUUUUGCCGGUGCAGUUGUUCCCGACUGGUUUAAUUCCGUUCUUGUGUUUGAUAACAUCAACCUGUCUCUUGCUGGCUUCCUCGAAGGCAUCGAUUUGAUUGUCGAGACUAAUUUCAUUCUUGGGGCUACAGUUGUUUGCUUACUCAAUUUGAUUAUUCCUUUGGAUAAGGAGCUCGAGUAUGCUCCCGCGGUCGAGACGGUUUAA